GCACAGCCCAGGGAGGUAAGUCCAGCCCCCAACAGCGGGGCCAUCCUUCUGCUGCUGGAUUUUUCCAGCCAGAGAAGCUUGUCGGCUCUGCUAUAAUUUAUGGAAAUUUGUUUCUGACGUGGGGCUUUUUCUGUUACGACAGGGACCCACUGACUAGAGGAGACAGAGCGGCAGUCAGGGUGGGAGAAGAGAGGGAGACAAAAAAGUGGGGAACAGAGGGACACUGGGGGAGUGGAGAGAAACAGCUGGAGAAAAAGGCACAGAGACACUUCAAAGAUGGGUGAGUUAUAACUAAGAGAGCAGGAAGAAAGGCAGAGAAAGGGAGAGAAGGAGAGCUGUGAAGAAGGGAAAGGUAAAGGAGCUCAGAGACUGAGUCAGCCUCAGGAGGGCAAACAUCUGGAGACAAGUGCAGGGGACACCCCAGCAUACAAAGAAGGACAAGAAGGACCUGUUCUGUCUGAAUCUUCACCAUGAGCACAAGGAAGAGCUCCCCGCUGCCACUGGGGCAAAGACACGCAGAGAAAAAGCAGAAUGAGAGUACACUUGACCUCACACAGGAGUGUGAGAUGGAGCUGAGGAACAAAGCUCUUCUGCAACAGAAGAGGCGCCUUAAACAGGCCACCCAGUUUGUGCACAAGGACUCUGCUGACCUGCUUCCCCUGGAUGGUUUGACAAGGCUUGGCACCUCAAAGGAUCUGCAGCCCCACAGUGUGGUUCAGCGGCGCCUCUUGGAAGGCAAUCUGAACAAGCUGCGAUGCGAGACCAGGGUUCAGACUGCAUGGGUUCCGUCUCCGCUGGCAAAAGACCAGGAUGAAAAGAUUGAAAAGGGAGAGGACAGGAGAAAAGAGACUUCACCCCUGCUAAUACAGUGCCAGUGCCAAGGCCAGGUAUUGAAAGCGACAGUUAACACUGGGUGUCUACCAAAUCUCAUCUCCAAGAGCUGUUUAAACCAGCUGGGGCUGGAAGAAGUGUCUGCCGUGGACUGUGGAGACCUCUCUCUUCCCAUUCCCAGCGUUGUUGGCCGAGUAGAACAUAUGGAGUUGCAAUUUGGCCAGGAGACAGUGCUGUGUUCAGCACUGGUUGUAGAUGAUGAAAUGCUGGAGUUUUGCAUUGGUCUCCAGACUCUGUUGUCUCUUAAGUGUUGCAUCGACUUGGAGGAAGGAGUCCUGAGAUUUAAAGCACUGAGUCAAGAGCUGCCUUUUCUACAUGCUUCUGAAGAGCCUGGUCAGUGACUGGCUGAGCUCCCCAUAU